CACCAAGCAUCACGACGCUUCCGUUUCGCUAGCCCAGCUUUACAGCACACAAUGCGCCGAGUGAGAAUACCAGGGGUAUCAAUUAGACUGGUCACCAUCGAUCCCACAGUUUUGGAUGGAUGCACCUAAGACCCUUUAACGCAUGAGAGGCGCACAUUUACUCAAAGUCUCGCAUGAUCCCAGCAUCAUCAUCAUCAUCAGGUUUUGCAAGAACAUCUUACAACAAUCAAACACACGACUUUCGUCUUUCGCUACAGAUCUAUCACCCGCUGCCAACCAGCCUCAUCCAUCCCCACACCCUUUUUUGUUUUUGGUUUUGUCGUUCCUCCCGCGGAUGUCCGACCACUCCCUCCCAUCCAAAUGUCAGCCACCCCAAACAUCAUGCCAAGCAAGAACCAAUAGCAAACUGUGUUGUUCCAUCACCAAGUGGUAGGCCCUGAAAAGAAGGAAGUGAAAAAAAAAGCCAGAAAGUGUCCCUUCCCUAACUUGAACAACCCAAGUGUCGAGUAUUGUCAAGGCUCCCCUUAUCAUCGG